UGAAACACCUGGCUGGCGAGCCAAUUCCCAAGUAGGGCAAAAGGGGAAAACUCUAAUAUGUAAGGGCAUAAUUAGAAGAAGAAGAAAAACACAAAGAAAAGGGAAGAAAUCGGCUGAUCAGCUCUCCCACAGAAGAGGAGAUCGGCGUGAGAGAAGGAGAGAGAGAGGAAACUGAUUUUGGGUGCAAAGGGAUACUCUCAAAACGCAGCGUUUCAGGUGUUGCUUGCUUUGUUUUAUUCAACAUGUCGUCCCUAAGGAAUGCUGUUAAUAGACGAGCUCACAAGGAGCGAGCUCAACCACAUGCAAGGAAAAAAUUUGGGCUUCUUGAAAAACACAAGGACUAUGUUGAGCGUGCACAAGCAUUCCACAAAAAGGAGGAUACUUUGCGGAAACUUAAGGAGAAAGCAGCUUUUAGAAACCCAGAUGAGUUUUACUUCAAGAUGAUCAAAACAAGAACUGUUGAUGGAGUCCAUAAAUUAGAGAGUGGGGCUAACAAGUACACUCCAGAAGAGCUUAUGCUGAUGAAGACCCAAGAUAUGGGAUAUAUUCUUCAGAAAUUGCAAAGCGAGAAAAAGAAAAUUGAAAAGCUGGCGGCCGUGCUGCACUCUGUUGAUGAUCGGCAAUCAAAUAGACAUGUUUACUAUGCUGAAGACAGGGAGGAGGCUAAAGAAAUACAAUUACACUCUUUGAAAAGCACAUCAGUGCCUACUAAUGACGUUUCCAAUGAUAGUAAAAGGAAAACAUCCACUUCCUAUAGAGAGCUAGAAGCAAGGAGGAAUAGGGUCAGUCAGUUGGAAAAACUCUAUAUGGAUAUGGCAUUGCAGAAGGAAUUGCAGAAAAAGGGUCGGAAGCGCAAAUUACGUGAAGAUGAGAUUGUUUGUCCCACCUCUAAACCAGUAUACAAGUGGCGGCCAGAACGAAAGCGUUGAGAAGGUUUUCUUGAAGAUAUAGCAUCUUUCUUUGGCUUGAUAUCUUGCCUCUUACUCAAUUUGAUUGUUAUAUCUACUUCAUAAUUCAGGAAUGGGGCUCUAGUUGGCCACUGAGACUUGAUUUUGUAACAGUAUGAGUCCAUGCAGAUCUUAAGUUAUAUUAGCAUGUAGAAAAUUUUGCUUGCAUUUUCUGUUGUGGAUUACAUAUAGUGACAUUGUUUGGUGGGGAUUUUGAAAGUAUUCCUCUUCUUUAGAAAAAGCAUAAGCUAUUUGCAUUUUA